AUGUUUGUGCAUUUGUGCAAAACUAUCAUUGCAACCCAGGACGGCAGAAACGCCAUACUAAGCGAUACCAGCAUGAAGACUUUUGUUUGUUUAUUGCUGGCAGUUGCCUCUUGCAAGGCCGGAUUAGAAGGAGGCUACUCAAACGAGGUAGCAGGAGAUGCGGGCCAUGAAGGUGGAGACGGUGGACAUGGAGGUGGAAUUUCUGGAUACGAUUUCAAUGCACAAGCUAACGGAGGAGGACACUUCGGUGGCGGCCAGGGUGGCGGUCAGGGUCACGACCUUGGUGGAUUCAAUCUUGGCAAUUUCGGACAUGAUUUCGCCGGUGGACAACAACACACUUCAGCAAAUAUCCAAGGUUUUCAAGAUUUUGGAGGCCAUAAUUUUAAUGGUCAAGGUUUUGGUGGACAAGAUUUUUCAGGAGGUCAUGCUCAGUUUGAUGGACAUGGUGGACAAGGGGGUCAAGAUUUUAACGGGGACUCUUAUUUGCAAGCUGCUCAUGAAUCAAACCAUCAUGGUCAGGAACAAUCAGGCCAUCAAGGAGAUGGCGGUCACGGGUUUGGUGGCCAAUCUUUCCACCUAGAAGAUGCCGGUAAUGAAUAUGGUCACGGUGACAAUGGAUUUCAGGCUGAAGCUAUUCCUGUAGGAGAACACGUUGACGAAGAACACCCAGUAGAGAUCCCUCACUACAAACAUGUGACAUACCCGAUCCCCAAGACCCUUCACAUUAACGUACCAAAACCUAUUCUCAUUGGUGUACCUCAGCCUUACCCUGUCAAGGUACCAGUCAACAAGCCUGUAGCUGUACCAGUUGAGACUGAAAUCUCAAUCCCCAUUGAGAAGGUUGUGCCAUACCCUGUCGUCAAGCAUGUGCCCUACCCUGUUGAGAAGCACGUCCCCAUCAGAGUAGAGAAGACUGUCACCGUGCAUGUGCCUCAACCUUAUCCUGUUAAGAUUCCAGUCUAUAAAACCAUUCAUCAUCACAAGAGUCAUUAA